GCCGAGCAGGGGAAGGAGGCGCCGGGGCACGGAAACGCCGGACCCGGGGGCGCCCAGGGGCGGCGAGCGCUGACCCAGACUGUCUUGUCUAGGUCACAUUAUGCCCAGCUGCUGUGAUGUAGCAAUGAUCUCGUCGCUGUCGUUGCCUGACAGAGAGGACGAAAGAGACGCCUGCAUUUUGACGUUUGCGGACCUAGAACUGAAAGAGCAUCUUCCUUUCCCAUCCAAAAGCCACCUCAAAGCUGAGUUUGAUGCCAGUGCCAGGAAGAAGCAGGCAUCUGCAAAGAGGAAGGCAUUUGCUCUCUUCGUCAAAGCUAAGGAAGCAGUCGCUGACACUUGCUGUCCGAUGUCUGCUUGCCACGAGGCCGUUUCCUGGAGAUGCUGCCAACAGACCUUCAAAGACUUGGCGAGCAUUCACAGGCACGUGGCUGCCCAUCACUUUGCCGAUGUGAGGCAACAAGCAGCUGUGAUCUUAAAGCAGAUGGUGGCCAAAGCCGAUAUCAUAAGCAGCCCGAUUUCUGCCGAUGAGCUGCCUCGGCCCAAGGGGGCCCUGUAUCCACCCCAGGAGACUUGUUGCACGCUGCCAGACACGAGACAUAUCGAGGCUGACGAAUUGACAAGUGAGGCAGGACAAGUUCUGCUCUUCUACUGUUACUGUGAGUUGGCCGAUCCAGAGGGGCUCUGUGCAUGGCAGAAGGCUUUGUGUCAACACCUGCAUCUGAAGGGAAAGGUACGAAUCGCUUCUGAAGGUAUUAAUGGAACCGUUGGUGGGAGCACCACAGCGACCUGCCUUUAUGUGGACGCAAUGCUGUCUCAUCCGCUCUUUAAAGGCAUUUUGAUGAGGGAUGAUUUCAAGACCAGCCCUGGAGGAGCUCACUGUUUCCCACACCUUCGGAUUGGUAUCUUUGAAGAAAUCGUACCCAUGGGGAUUGACCCAAAGAAAAUCUCCUACAAGGAAACUGGAAUUCAUUUGACUCCAAAGGAGUUUCAUAGAGAAGUGGAGAAAUAUCUUUCUCAGGGUAAUAAAGUACAGACAGACACCAUUUUGCUUGACUGUAGGAACUUCUAUGAAAGUAAAAUAGGGCAUUUCCAAGGCUGUUUGGCUCCAGACAUCAGGAAAUUCAGCUACUUCCCCAGCUACGUUGAUGAGAACUUGGAGCUUUUCAGAGGCAAACGUGUCUUGAUGUACUGCACGGGGGGGAUCCGUUGCGAGAAAGGCUCAGCCUACCUCAUAUCUAAGGGCAUAUGCCAAGGAGUGUUCCAUCUGAAAGGCGGCAUCCACAAGUACUUGGAAGAAUUUCCGGAUGGGUUCUACCGAGGGAAGCUUUUUGUCUUUGAUGAACGGUACACCAUCGCCUCUAAUGGUGAUGUGAUUUCAGCCUGUCGCUACUGUGGGACUCUCUGGGACCAGUACCAGCUUUGCUCCACCCAGCCCUGCCGCCAGCUCGUCCUGACAUGCCCACAGUGCCAACAGAAAGGGCUGACAGCCUGCUGUCCUGUUUGCCAGAAGAAGGACCUUCUCCUAGCUCCAAAGCCUUCUGGACGAGUCCUCAAAGAGCAAUGCGAGUGCACAGAGAGACGGCAGCGGGUGCCGGUAGAAUGCAUUUAAUGAAAAGCUCUGUAGCCCCUCCUCCCCAAAUCUCUCUGCAUGGAUGUCUGCUUUGGGACCCGGUCCCUAGAUAUAUGUUAAUGGGAUUUGGGGGCACCCAGCUCCAUUUGGCAGCUUUGCAGACCUCUAAUCUAGGUAGCGGUCAGGGCUUCAAUGCAACGCUAACUUAUUCCCAGAAGUAAAUUCAAGGUGCAUACAAAGUGAAAAAAACAACGUACAAAAUAUGCCCACCAAUGGUGCUAUGCAACUAUUUCCUCGUGAGAUGGCCACCCUUGCUUGUAAUCUGAUGCAGAGUGAUGCUCACCCUUGCUGAAGCUCUGCUGAGUAAAGCCAGAGUCAGGUCACUGGGUAACAAGCCGAUGACCUAGUGACUGAAAGAACUGCCAGGAUCUGCAGAAAGCACAAACCCUGCAGGUGGGGGAAGCCAUGAUGGGUCCUGGCUUCCUGAUACAUGCACAUCAUGCCUUCUGCAGCAAAAUACACACUUGCACCUUUCUUCUUGCAGAUAUCAUGCUCUUCCGGAGACGGAGGGUACGUUCAGUACAGGAAAUGGAUACCUUCGGGGCCCCAGGCAAGAGAACGGCAUGGCUCUCUCUCCGUUGUAGGAAAGAGCUCUGUCCCUUCCCCUUGCAAGUGUGCACUGCUUGCACAAUCCUCAGUCUCCAAAGUGCCAGCAGAACUGCAGGGAGGAGAGUACUGGGUCAGUAGGUCCUCUGGAGCCAGAGUAUAAUAUGGUCCGUAGUGGGGGUUAAGCAGCGGAACUGGCACAGACACUUUCUGGCUUGUGAGGCUCAGCUGCGUGGAGUACGUGCACCCAGCACCAACAUGCCUUCAGAUGUCCUUCGGUUUGUAAAUAGCCACUUAGGAGAUCACCUAGGGUAAGGUUCUUGUCCAGAGGACUGGGCAAAAAUUUUGACCAAAGGCAGCUGUCUUAUUAUUGUUCUUUUUUUCGGGCUAGAAAUUACUUUGGUGGGUGGGCUUUUGCAACUGGAUUUGCAAGGCUGGAUGAGGUGGAAUGAAAUGAGCAUCAUAUUAUGUUCAGCUAGUACUCAUCCAUCCACUAAGGGUAACGGCAUUCGAUGUGAAUGGGUGGUUUUCAAAAGCAGGCCUUUGGUAGGGUUUUAGUAAACUGGGAAGGUCAGUUAGCUGGAGAAACUGAAUUGCCAUCCAGGGUCCACCUGCUAAAGGGAAGUAGUUACUGGAUUUGAUCUUGGGAUAUUCCUCCUCCCCUUGCAGUAGACAAGUUUUCUAUUUUUAAUCUCAGUCCUCACUGUGAAAUGGGAUCAAUAAGUGAUGAUGCAGUAGAUGCCCAGCAUUAAUCAACCCUAGCACCUUUGCAAGAGGAUUGGAGAAAUGGGCUCAACAGUAUUUUAAAUAUACUGGAUCUUUACCUGGAGAUUGGGAGGGGGUGAGUGUUGAAAAACAUUAUGCAUGCAAACAUGUUCUUCGUUACUGAACAAUAGCCUUUCCCCAAAGUUUUUCUAAAAAUGGCAGAAGUGGGGAAAUGAAAUCUUACUGGGGAGUGAAUGAUUGCGGAAGAGCAAUCUUACAGUCUGAGAUGGAAAUUCCCACUGGUAGCAGCAAAUGAUACACAUUUCAGCCAAUGCACGUCUGGAAAUUACGUAAGAUCAAAUCAAGAGCCAACAGAACUCAGUUGCUAAUUGCAGGAAAAUGUGGCAGGGCUGUGUGUAUGUACAGGAGGGACUCUUCCCCCCACCCCCACCCCGGCAGAAUACGCUAUAGAGUUCAGUUUCUUGUUCAGUUUUCAUUUUUUAAAAAGCUGUUUUCUAACUCUUGACCCUGAAUUGGCUAAAGCUAUGACAUGACAGAGGCUUACAUUCCAAAGCACCUGGGAGUAAGCCACUCUGAGUCUUACUCACAAGUACACAUGCAGAGGAUUGUGCUGGGAGUGGGUGGGAUACUGUGCUCUCUCUAACCACAUGCAUGUUCUCUUCACAACCAAGUGAUUAGGAACAUGUGAUCGGUGACAGAAACAGUUGUCCGAUGCAAGAGGAAUUCAGCACAUCUGUUUAUUUUUAUGUAACUCAUACACAGGGUAGAAUUCGACUUUUUGUGGUGCAGAGUUUUAAUAGAGGGCGAGUGGGGUAGUUUGUCUGGAAGGCAAUUCUGAAACGCAGCAGAGCCUUUGAUGGCCAGGGGCUCAAACUGAGAACUGCCCCCCAAAAGCUUGGCUUGGGCAUCAGGCCUCUGGAUGUAGUUGCAAUUUGCACAUCCUCGCGAAGUGUAGGUGGACCUCAGGAUAUCUGGCCUUGUAAACAGUUGGAAAGCUUGAGAAGACACUAACGGGUGUUCCACAGGCGAGCCAGACGUGGCACGGGGGGUGGUUAAGGGGUCCAACAUAGAGUUUGCACCACAUAACAAGGGGUUAAAUGUACCUUCAGCAAGAAAGCCCAGUCCACGCUCUUGGCCAACAUCCUUAAGCGUAAUGCUUUAUUAAGGCAUCAUUUACAAGCAACAUGGCAUUUAUUUCAGUGCAAUCCAGCAGGCACUCUAUCUAUUUCAGCUGGGUGCGUGAGGCUCCGUGGAUCUAACCCAGCAAAAGAGCUUGGGUGGGCUGCCAGGAUGGGGCUGACGGCGCUUGAAUGAGAAGGCCAAGCUCCUGCCCAUCCACCCCCCGU